AGUUAACCAACAAACGGUGAAAAUUGGUGUUAUUCGAAUUUUCUUAAUUUUUAAUAUAGAUUCCAGAUUACUGAGCUGAAGUUAAUUCUAUUAUUAUUAAAAAAGAUCAUAUAACAUGAUUCGUUUCAUCCUCAUUCAAAACAGAGCUGGUAAAACAAGAUUAGCCAAAUGGUACAUGAACUUUGAUGAUGACGAGAAACAAAAACUAAUUGAAGAAGUUCAUGCAGUUGUUACUGUAAGGGAUGCUAAACACACCAAUUUUGUGGAGUUUCGCAACUUCAAAAUUGUUUACAGAAGGUAUGCAGGCCUGUAUUUCUGCAUAUGUGUAGAUGUCAAUGAUAAUAAUUUAUGUUAUCUUGAAGCAAUACAUAACUUUGUAGAAGUCCUGAAUGAAUAUUUCCAUAAUGUCUGUGAAUUAGAUCUUGUUUUCAAUUUUUAUAAAGUGUACACAGUAGUUGAUGAAAUGUUCUUGGCAGGAGAAAUAAGGGAAACUUCACAAACAAAAGUACUGAAGCAACUAUUGAUGUUAAACUCAUUAGAAUAAU